AUAUACACACAAUCCCAUCCUUGAUCAACAAAAUUACAAAGCAAGCCCAAAAUUCUCUUCUUCUUCCUCUUCUUCUUCAAUUAGUAAUUUUGAUCUUAAUUUGGAUCCUCAAAAACUGUUGUCGGCCAUGGAAGACCACACCUUGUGGUAUACUUCGCCGGAUUUUCUAAUAAAGGUAGCGAUUUUUGCUUUGAUUCAGGGUCUGGUAUACCUCAUCCUCACCAAAUCCUCAGCAGUUUUCUCAGCAGAGGAGAGGAACCGCGGGUCCCACAGAAUUCGACCAUCUCGCUCGGCCAGCAUCCGCCGCUUGCUCGCCGGAGUAUCAGAACCCCCGGCCGGCGGCGAUUUCGCCUCCGGCAGCCGUUCUCUUCUUCUGCCUGCGCCGCCGCGGUGUCGGGGGCGUUCUUCGGCUAUGAUUUUGACCUUGGGUUGGCCGAUUAAUGAUGGAUGACUAACUAGUUUUAUUUUGUAGGAAAAAAAUUGCGUACGUGAGCUGCAUACGUCUGUAACCUACAAAUAGUUUAAAAGGAGGGUAUU